AUCAUUUUUAUCAUCAAAAUCAAUUUUAUUAAAAAAAUUUUUCGCCGAUGAAAUACGAAAUAAUUAAACGAUCGAAUUAAUGUCGGUCAUCAUUAUCAUAUUCAAUCGGUCAAGGUGGUACAUUAUUAUCAAAAAGAAAUGGCCGAACUAUUAUUAAAUUUGAUGGCCGGGCCAACACCAGGUCAACCACCAGGUACCGGUGGUGGUGGAUCAUCAUCGUCUACUUCAUAUUCCCAUCAUCAUCACAAUGCUCCUCCUAUUCAUCAGCGAUCUCAGUAUUCUGACAAUCCAUCACCACCAUCAAUACCACAGCAAAAAAAUAUACCACCAUCAUCGUUAAUGAGUGGCAAAAGUUCUUCGUCAAUGUUUUCAACUACUGGGCCUAUCAUAACUGGAUCGGUUGGUAUUAUGCCUGAUUUGAGUCAUCUUAGCGAUGUUGAACGUCCCAUAAUCGAAUCGGUUAUCAUGCGUCAGAAAAAGGAAGAAGAAGAAGAGGCUCAAUUAUUAAGGCGAAAACAAGAUGAAGUUCUACUGUUGGAACAAUCAAUUCUACGAAAACGAAACGAAGAACAACUUAACCGUCAUGAUGGCGGUGAUCUUGAUGCAACUUGUCAGAUUUGUUUGAAAACUAAAUUUGCCGAUGGGGUGGGACAUAGUUGUCAAUACUGUAAUACGCGAUGUUGUGCACGUUGUGGUGGAAAAGUAACUUUACGAUCUAGCAAGAACAUCUGGGUGUGCAUCCUGUGUCGGAAGAAACAAGAACUAUUGAUCAAAACUGGUCAAUGGAUACAUUCAUCGAUGGCAUCAAAGUUACGACAGUUGGAGCAACAGACACCAUCUUCGGAAAUUCAAACAAUGGCUGAAACAACAUCGACGCCUUUGUUUGAGCGUUUACUCCAUUUAGGCAGUAACAGCAGUGGUGGUGGUGGUGAAUCACGAGUAAAUCCAAUAACAGGAUUUCUUCGUCGAAAUUCUCUUGGUAUAUUCAUACCAACAUCAUUUUCAUCCUCAACAUCAACUCAUCCACAAUAUUCGCAAGCAACAGAUAAAACAAAUCCGAAUAUUGCCAGUAAGUCAACAACCGUCCAACAACAACAACAACAACAACCAACACGUAGUCAGCCAUUUUUGAGAAGACAAUUGUCACAUGAUCCGAAUGUUUUUUCCGAUUCCGAUGCCGCCCAGCAACAACAGUAUAAUUUUAUGAUUUCACAACCAACAAGUAGUGGAAAUCGAGGAUUACCACAAAUGCCACGUCGAAGACAUAUGUUACCGCGGCAGCCAUCAUUGCCAUUAUCAGAUCAAUUGGCGGCUUCAGCUGCUGCUUCAGUUUCUGAAGCGUUUCCACUACAACAACAUUUGCAACAAAAAGUUCCAUUAGAGACAACAAAAUCGGAACAAUCUGCUCAACAAGCGAUGCAACAAAAACAAACCACUGUAACAGGACCGGAAAGAAGAAAACUACCAACACAAAGACAAAAAAGCCGUGAACUGCCUUCAUUGGAUGAUGUAGUCCAUUUUCAUCAACAACAACAAUCUUCAUUACAAAAUCAGCCACAGCAGCAACAACAAAAACAACAAUCUUCAUCAAAAUUACAAUUACAGUCAUCAUCAUCUGUAACAACAUCGCCAAAAAAAUCGUUACCACAAUUACCACGUCGAACAACGUCCAUGUCAUUAGUAUCAUCAACAUCAACAUCGACAAGUAUUACAUCAACAGUGCCUUCAAACGUUUCCCAAGUUGUUACUUCUGCUGUUACAUCACAGCCAUUAUCUUCAUCAUCAACAUCAUUGACCGGUACCGGUCACAAAGGAACAAUACCUAAAUUACGGCAUAGUGCUGCCAUCAUUAGUGGAGGUAGUAGUUCAGAUAUACAUCUAAACAGUUAUUCACGAUCAUAUUCUGGUGGUGAUUCAACCAUACCCGGAACAUCAGCAUCAGCAUCAGCAUCUCGGGCAAAUUUACCAGGAUCCAUACUACAACAAGGACAGCAACAAAGACUAUUUUUAUCAGCCGGUUCGCUCGUUCGAAUGGAUUCGGUAGGUUCAGAUCCGGGUGACAUGAGGCGACCAACUCCUCCUCCAUCAUUCAGUACUAGUGGUGGUCGCCAAUUGCCGAACACUUCAAAUAUGUGCAAUGCACAACGUCCACGACUACGUGAUCAUCUAAAAAUGAAUCCAGUGUAUCAUCGUUCAUUUGGAUCUAGUUCUGAAGAUAUAACUGAUACGGGUGGUGCUGGUGUUCGUAGUUUAACUCCUGAAUUAUCUACAGAAGAUGAUUUUGAUCUAUUAGAUAGUCUAGAAAGUAGUGGUAUCGGCGGUGGAUUAUCGGAGCAAAAAACAUUACCACAAUCACGACGUGGUCGUGCAUUACCACGAUCAUCAAUUAGUUCGUUGAAAGCAGCGGAUGAAAUUCUGGAUUCAAAAAUGAAAAGUUUUCUGGCCCAUCCAAUAACAUGGGAAAAAUCUGCCGAUGGUACGCAAAUGAUUAGCUGCAUGAUAUUGAAGAAAAAUUUACUACCCGAUUCAGGACUAAGUUCCAGUGCUAUGCUUGGUAUGAAAGUUGUUGGUGGUCGUAUUGUUGAAUCCGGAAGAUUGGGGGCCGUUAUUGAAAAAGUUAAAAAAGGUUCCAUUGCCGACACAAUCGGUCGACUAAGGCCACGUGACGAAGUACUCGAAUGGAAUGGAAUUUCAUUGCAAGGAAAAACAUACGAUGAAGUUCAUGAUAUCAUUGCUGAUUCAAAACAUCAUUCAGAAAUUGAAUUGGUCGUUGCAAGACCAUUGAUGGAUGCAACGACAACGGCAUCGGCAUCGGCAUCAACUUCGACCACAACCGUUCAGGGUACUACUGGAUUUAGAAAACUACCUCGUCAUCCACUCGUACAGAUGGCAGCAGCUACUUCUCGUGAUGAAUUUCUUAUGAUACAACAACAGAAUAAUCGUAUUGGACGUCGUCAUACGGAUGUUAUUUCGUCACGUGCACAACCACGUUCAUUGGAUAUUGUAGUGGACAAGAAUAGUUUCUUCACCCGAGGAAGUAGCUUGGGUGCUGAAUUUUCAGCUCGCCAUAUGCGUACCACGCCGUAUGUCAAAGUUACACGUACUCCAACAAUUACCGGGCGUGUUCAAGUUAAACUUUAUUACGAUGGACAAACAUUGGAAUUGUUUGUAACAAUAAUGAAUGCUAUCGAUUUGUCACCAAGAAAGACUGGCCUCUUUCGAAACCCUUAUUGUACCAUGUAUCUAUUGCCUGAUCAAACGACAAAAACAUUACGAAAAACAGCUACAGUGAUCAACACGUUGGAACCGCUAUGGAAUCAAACAUUUCAAUAUUCACCAUUAAGUAGCACUGAUAUACGAACAAGAGCCUUAGAGUUGACAAUCUGUGAUUAUGAUCAUUUUUUAUCCAAUGAAUUUUUGGGCGCUACCAUUAUCGAAUUGAAUAGUAUACAAUUGGAUGAUGAACCAGAAUGGUAUUGUCUUUCCACUCGUGAAGAUCUACAACAACAGCUACGUCUACAAUGGACAAAACAUUAUUAUAAAUUAAUUGGAACAUCUGGAACAACAGCGGAAACUAGUACCGGAACAACAAGCGGUGUUGUAGCAACUGCUACGGCCGGUAGUGGUUUAUCACCACCAACACAUUCUGCACAUACAUCCAUUUCGGCCAGACUUUCCGAUUCGGAUGUUGCAUCCGAACUUUCAAUGGAUGAUUUCGAUUCAAAAGCCGAUUCAUGGCGUUGUUUAUUGGCGGAUACGAGUCAAACAAGCGGUGGAUCCUUAGGAAGCGGUGGAAGUGGUAGUAGUCCACCAUUAGUAGUGGCUACCGAUUUAUCAAAAAAUGGUUGUUGCUAUCAACGUAGUGGAUCAGCAUCCACAUGCAAUAUUGUUGCCGCUACUGCUGGUUCUGUUGGAUCAUCAUAUCAUCAUCAAUCACAUCGUCUUCAUCAUCAACAGCAUCGUCCAGGCAGUAGCACAGGGAUUGUUUCCUACUCAGGUCCAACAUCGACCACUAGUAUACAUCUUCAUCAUUCGCGUGGCCAUCAUCAUCAUCAACAUCAGACUGGAUCAUCAUUGGCGGCCUCGACAACAAAUCAGUCUGUUCUGGGAUCUCGUGGAUCCCGGUAUCGACAACUUCCAUCAUUGACAACUACUACCGCUACUUCAUCUAAUAAUUAUCCAAAUGUUAAUGUUGUCGGCAGUCACAUUGAUACUUCCGGCAUAAAAAUCGAUUCAAUUGGUUCGACAGCCAUGAUACCACCAUCAGAUCAUCAUCUUCCUCAUUAUCAACAUCAUUUAAUGCGACCCGAAUUUCGUAAAAGUUCAUCACAACCAUCGAAUGCAUCAAUACAAACAACAGUUCAACAACAAUCCACACAACAGCGUUCAUUAUCACCACCGACAGUGAUGGGAGCACAAAUAAAUUAUGCGCCAACACCAUCCAUAUCAAUGGCAACAACAACAGGGUCCAGUCAAAUAAAUAACAAACGGCAAUUGCCAUUUGUUCCAUCGAUGCCUACAAUCAGCUCACAUUUGGCAAUGGAUAGCCAAUUUGGUGGUUCAGCAAGGUCAUUAGUAACUUCUGUUCAACAACAAAAACAACAAUCGUAUAGCUUUGGUCAACAGUUACAGCAACAGCAAAAAUCCGAUUUGAUGAGUUUCGAACAACAAACUUCAAGUGGCAUGUUUUCAGAUUCCGAAAUAACCAUCAGACCAGUUUUUGGAAAUCGCCCGCUUUAUGCACAUCCUAUUCAAUCAAAUCUGCCGACAAGUCGUCGUUUUCAUCGUCAUCCAACUAAUCUAUUGGCACAACAACAUCAACAAGCAACAUCAAUGGAUGAUCUUGGUUAUUAUCAUCGAAAACAGCAGCAGCAAUUGGAUCGUCGAACCUCAUCGUCUUCAUUGGCCUAUCAUCAACGACAACAAAGACAAUAUGGUUCACAAUAUCCACAAGAAGUUCAAUCAGAAUCUGAUUUAUCAAGUUCAGCUGGUGGUGGAAGUUAUCCGAUAUUUCAAGAUGUACAGCAGAAAUCUCGAGGUGGUUAUCGUGGAGGUCAUCACCGAUCAUCAUUGAUAACAUCAUCGUCGAUCGAUUAUCGUGAACUUAAAGAUUAUAGUGGUCAUGGAGGAAGUUAUCAAGGUGACGAAGCUGAUUGUGAAGAGGAAGAAACUGAAUUUGAUGAUGAUGUUGAUGGUACAUAUCGAAAUCAACGCCAUCAUCAUCGAUAUCAUCAUCGUAAAGAAUCUGGACAAUCAUCUACUGCCGGUGGUUUGACUGGACAAAUCGGUACUCGUGAAAGUGGUGCUAUUGGUUCUAUGGGCGCAUUUGUUGCUACUACAAGUAGUAGCAGUGGUGGACCAGGAGUUGGUUCAACCGUAACGGCUAUUGGUGGUGGUGGUCCCGGUGGACAUCAUCGAUCAUCCAUACAUCGACGAAAUAGUCGUCGAAAACGUGAACAACAACAACAACAACAUCGUGAUUCAGAUGAUGAAGAAACGGAAAGUAGUUCAACAGCUGCCGGUGGCAAUAAUCGAUCAUCACAGAAUAACCAUCAUAGAUCACAUCAUCAUCAUCAACAUACUAAACAACUGCAGCAACAACAGCAGCAGCGCGAUUCAUUUGAUCUGAUGAAUCAGCAGUUGCCAUCGAUAUCACAACAACAACCUAUACCAGGUGCCUUAAUAUCACAGCCAACAGGACCAAGAGGAAGCCGAACAUUAAGUGAGUUUACCGGUCAUCGUGGUCAACAACAUUCGGCACCUGUACAUCCACCUCAUCCAUCACGUAGUUCAUUAGCUGUAGCACGUUCAUUAAGUGAACGUUCAAAAGAAGAUAAAUGUUUAGAAUCGAGCUUAUCCGAUGUGCCAACUGGUCAAACAAAAUCAAUGGCCGAUCAAAUUGAUGAAGUGAUGGAACAGUUGAAUGCUAAUUGUGAUUUUAGUAUGGAUGAUCUAUUUGGUGCAGCCAAUUCAGCUUCGACAUCAACAUUAAAUGCACCACAAAUUGGUCCUGAUGGUAAACCAAUAAAAAGUAAGAAACAUCAACAAUCAGGAUUGACAAAGAAAAGUCAAAGUGCAUCACAGCUUAGUGUUUCCGGUGUAAAUCGUAAAAAUGGUAAAAUCCUCAAGAAAAGCUAUUCUCAAGCGAUGGAUGAUGAUCCAAUGAUGGCUAUGAUUAUCAUGGACGAUGAUGAAGAGGGCAACUUAUCGGAUCGUUCGAAAGGUUCUACAACAGCUGGAACACCGACUACUGGGACAACUACUAUGACUGGAGCGACUGGUGCAGCCAGUAAACAAUCACGAACGUCAAAAUUAUCAUCAAAAUUAGCUAAAAGUAAAAUGAUUCCAUUUUCACGGCAUAAUAAACAAACAAUUUCAAGCGGAUAUUAUUAUGGUGGAAUACAACGUUCAGAAGAAAUACUUCCGGAAUCAUUUAUUACCGGAACUCGUGGAACUAUUCGUGCUGGAAAAGAAAAUCUUCCCACAUUCAUGGAUUUCAAUAUUCAGUCUAGUUAUGGUGGUGGAGGUAGUGAUGUUUUAAUGGAUUCACCAUUAUCGUUAAGUGCAUCAUCAUCAAUUGCCGGUAGUAUGCGUUAUGAAAGUAGCGGAAGUGGUGGAUAUGUUGGAGGCGAUAGUAUUGGUGGUAUUUUUGUUGGUGGUAGUGAUGGUGCUCAUAGACAACCAGUAGUUGCACAAACAGUAAUAUCGACAACGGCCACUACAUCCACAUCGAAAACGAUAACGGAUAGUGAUUCAGAGAUAAAUAAUGAUAUUUUUAUUUAUAGCUGGAUGCUGCAACAAAGUCGUCCAUCCCAAUCAUCCGGUACAGUCGGUGGUGGUGGUGGCGGUGGUGAAGGCGAAUUCUCAAAUUUUGUUGAAGGUCUUGGACCAGGACAGAUUGUUGGUCGGCAAGCAUUGGCUGCAUCAAAUCUUGGUGAUAUCCAAUUAAGUUUACAUGAUCGAAAAGGAAAUCUGGAAGUUGAAGUAAUCCGUGCUCGUGGCCUUCAAUCAAAACAAAGUGCCAAAAUGAUACCAGCUCCCUUCGUCAAAGUCUAUCUAUUCCGGAAUGGAAAAUGCAUUUCAAAAGCUAAAACUCAAAUGGCACGUCGAACUUUGGAUCCAUUAUUUCAGCAACAGCUCUUGUUUACUGACAAUUAUAAAGGAUGUAUUUUACAUAUUGUCGUCAACGGCUUAUAUGGACGAAUGGAUAAAAAAUCAUUUAUGGGUGUCGUACAGAUUGUUUUGGAUGAUUUGGAUCUAUCUAACAUUGUGAUUGGAUGGUAUAAAUUAUUCAGUGAAUCUUCUGCAAUCAGUUUGCCUACACAAUCAUCGACAAAAAGUGGCGGUAGUGGUGGUGUCGGAAGCGGAGGUGGUGGAUCACUUUCUGGUGCCGCUUCCUUAAUGUCCGCAUCAAUGGAUAGCUUUAGCUGAUAUUAACACGAUCACUACUUACAAAAUAUUUUCCACGGACGCCUCUAGAUUUUUUUAGAAUACGUUCGAUUAUUUGAAUAUUUUAUGUUUUUUUCCUCACACCACUGUAAUACGAAAGCUCGUGAAAGUAUUGAACAUCGUCAUGAAAAUUUGUUCGUAUUAUCUAUUGCCAAAACCAUAUUUUUCAUCAAAUCAUUAUCUCAUCUCUUAUUGUUGUUCUAUGAAUAUAUUUACAAAUACCGACAUCCAUGAUAAUUGAUAAAGACAUUUACAUAUAAAUGAAAGAA